AUGGCGAGAGGAAGAGGAAUAGAGAAAAAGUUGGUGAGGAUCAGAGCUAGAAGGGAGGUUCGAGUGACGGUCCUCGACAAGAAUGACGUGGCGCCGACCUGGGGGAUUGGCACCUGGAAGUUCAAAGUCUCCGAGGAGGCGCCCCCGAACACCGUGGUCACGGUGCUGAAGGCGUUCGAUCCGGACACGAUCGGCACGCUGACGUACACCCUGGUGCCGAAUCAUCGGCCGGCCAGCGAGAUGAUCUUCGAGGAAACCGAGAGCCAGUUCAGGCUCCACCCGACCACGGGUCAACUGACGCUCGCCGAGGCGCUCGACAGGGAGACACGGGAGAGAUACGCGCUGCGAGUGCGCGCCGAUGACGGAUUGCAACACACCGACGUCACGUUGACCGUCCAGGUGACGGACACGAACGACAACGCGCCGACGUUCCAGAGCACGGCGUACUCGUUCGACGUGCCGGAGAACAUGCCGAGGGGUAGCAGGGUCGGUCAGGUGGUCGCGACCGACGCGGACGCGGACGGGCCCAACAGCCAAUUGAGCUACACGCUGAUAUCGGACUGGGCCAACGACGUUUUCUCCCUGAACCCGAGCACCGGCGUGUUCACGCUCACGGCCAGCCUCGAUUACGAGCAGGUGCAGCACUACAUUCUGGUGGUCCAGGCGACGGACGGCGGCAUCCCGGCGCUCUCGUCGACCGUGACGGUUUACUGCAACGUGGUCGACCUGAACGACAACGCGCCGAUCUUCGAGGCGGGCCCCCACGCCGCGGACCUCGUCGAAAACGCGACCAUCGGCACCGCCGUCUUAUCGGUAGCCGCGCAGGACCUCGACUCCGGCGAUAACGGCCGGGUGAUUUACGCCGUCGCCGGCGGUGACGAGAACGGAGACUUCGGCGUGGCGACGAACGGCACCCUCUACACGAGGAAGCUGCUCGACAGGGAACGGAAGCCGCUAUACAAUUUGGUGGUCAGCGCGACCGACAGCCCUCUGCCGCCUGCUCGGCCGUUGUCCUCCACCGUUCAAGUGACCGUGGUGCUGCUGGACGUGAACGACAUGUCGCCGGAAUUCAUAUCGCCGACCAGGAUAUCGAUAAUAGAGAACGCGCCGAGCAACACGGUGGUGAUGGCCAUUAAAGCGGUGGACAGGGACGAGGGGCGGAACGGGUACGUCGAGUACUCCCUGGAGGACACCACGCUCCCGUUCACCGUGGGCUCCGUCGAUGGACUGUUGCGCGUAUCUGGUUCACUGGAUCGCGAAUUAAGGUCGAACUACAGCCUGGACGUAACCGCGAAGGACCGCGGCGACCCGGCGAGAUCGUCCUCGACGACAGUCACUGUCACGGUCCUCGACGAGAACGACAACUCGCCGGUUUUCGACCCGAGACAGUACUCGGACACCGUCGCCGAAAACGCGAGCAUCGGCGCCAGUGUUCUUCAGGUGUCAGCGAUGGAUCGAGACGAGGGUGCGAACGGCAGGGUGAGGUACAGCAUCGCUAUGGGGGACGACAACCGGGACUUCACCGUGUCGGAGGACGGCGGCGUGAUCCGGGUGGCGAAGAAUCUGAAUUUCGAGCGGAAGUCUAGGUACUACUUGACGAUCCGGGGCGAGGAUUGCGCGUCGGAGGUCGGCGAAACGCCCCGGGGUGACACCGCUCAGGUUACCAUCACCGUUCUCGACAUAAACGACAACGCUCCCGUGUUCCUGGACUCGCCGUACCUCGCCCACGUCAUGGAGAACAUGGUGCCGCCGGGCGGAGGAUUCGUCAUACAGGUGAAAGCGUACGACGCAGACACUCCACCUUACAACGACCAGGUCAGGUACUUCCUGAAGGAAGGCGACACCGAUCUGUUCAAGAUCAACGCGAGCACUGGUGACAUCUUUCUGCUUAGACCUUUGGACAGAGAAUUGGCGCAGGAAUACACCCUCACCUUGGUCGCCAUGGACACUGGUUCUCCGCCGCUGACCGGAUCAGGCAUCGUUCGGAUCGUCGUGCUCGACGUGAAUGAUCACAGCCCGGAGUUCACCAGGCAGGAGUACAAGGCGACGGUCACCGAGAAUUCAGCUUCCGGGACCUGGGUCACCAAACCGCACGCCACGGACAAGGACGAGGGCCUGAACGCGAAGAUCAGGUACAGUCUGCUAGGAGAGAACUCGGAGCGCUUCACCGCGGAUCCUGACACCGGCGAGGUGUUCACGGUGCUCCCGCUGGAUCGAGAGCAAACCUCCGUUUAUCAUUUGACGCUGGUCGCCCAGGAUUCCAGCCCUACCGAGCCACAAGCCUCCGUCGUCAACUUGACCAUCUACGUAGCGGACGUGAACGACAACGCUCCUAGGUUCUCCAGCCCGAGGUACACCGCGUACGUGCCGGGCGCGACAAAACCAGGUGAUUUCGUGUUCGGCGCGAAGGCGGUGGACAUCGACGACGGCGAGAACUCGCGGAUCGUGUACCGUCUUCAAGGUAUAGACGCGGAGAAGUUCGCGAUCGACGCGAACAGCGGAGUGAUAAGGGCCACGCGGGAAUUGGCGAACGACGGGACCACGUACGAGCUGCAGAUCCUGGCGUCCGACUGUGGGGCCACACCGCAGACCGUCACCGCGGACUUAAUGAUACACCUUUGGGAGAAACAGCUGUUUCCCAGCUUCCGGUCCACUAUGAACACAAGGUUUACGCUGCCCGAAGACGUACCCGCAGGACGGAUGAUCACGAAACUCUCGGCUACCACGCCGAAAGUCGGCGCCGCGAGCAAUUUGGUCUACGGCAUCGCUGGGGGCAACGUGGGGGAUGCGCUCAAGAUCGAUCCUCACACUGGAGAGGUAUUGGUCGCGUCGGGAUUCGACUACGAGACAGCCCCGUACUACGAAGCCUGGAUAGAGGUCAGGGACUCGGACACGCCAGCCCUGAGGAGCGUGGUCCAGUUGCUGGUGAACGUGACGGACGCGAACGACAACGCGCCGAUAAUGGAGGCGUCCAUCUACAAUGCGUCGGUGCCCGAGGACGAGUAUCCGCCGUUGUUCGUCUGCAAGGUGUCCGCGAAGGAUCGCGAUACCGGCGAGAACGGACAGGUGUCUUAUUAUCUGGUCAACGAUUUCUCGGAGAGUUUCGUUAUCGACUCCGACAGCGGCGAGAUCAGCACGAACGCGAAACUGGAUCGCGAGGAGAUCGCCUCGUACGAGCUGGUGGUGGAGGCCAGGAACCAAGGACAACCGUCUCUGACAGGCACUGCCACGGUGUUGGUCACCGUGUUGGAUAAGAACGAUAAUCCGCCGCAUUUCACGAGACUGUUCAGCGUGAACGUGACGGAGAACGCGGAGAUCGGCACGUUCGUCAUCAGAAUAACCAGCAGCGAUCCGGACAUCGGUCAGAACGCCAACGUGACUUACACGUUCACCGACAAUCCCGGCAUGAAGUUCUCCAUGGACGCUCUCAGCGGCAACGUCACUGUGGACGGACACUUGGACAGAGAGGAGCAGGACGAGUACCUGUUGAAGCUGGUAGCAGCGGACGGCGCCUGGCUAAGCGCGACAGCGCUCUCCAUAACGAUCCAGGACCAGAACGACAACGCGCCGGAGUUCGACUCGGAUUCUUAUCACUUCCACUUCCCGGAGCUCCAGCCGGCCGUCGCGCACGUCGGCCAGGUGACGGCGAUCGACCGCGACAAGCAGGGCCCUAACUCGGUGAUCUCGUACAGCCUGCUGCAGCCGUCCGACCUGUUCACGGUGGACCCGGCGACCGGCGACGUGUUCAGCAAGAAGACGUUGCGCUACAAGCACACCCAUCGGCCGUCCUCCCCGGAGAACCUGUACUCGCUGACGGUGGUGGCGACGGACAACGGUAAGCCGCCGAUGUCCUCGAGGACGGUGGUCCACGUGAGCGUCGUGGACGCCAACAACAACGCGCCCAGGUUCGAGCAGAGGUCCUACCUGUACCCCGUGCCGGAGAACUACGGGAUCGGCAAGCGGGUGAUCCAGCUGUUGGCGCGAGACGACGCCGACUACGGCGUGAACGCGGAGAUCAGCUACUCCCUGGUGAACGUGAACGGCACCGAGUUCUUCUCCAUCGACGAGACGUCCGGCUGGGUCUACGUGCGCAACAGCUUGGCCAGUGUACCCGUCGGGACCAGCUUCUCGCUGAGGGCUCGCGCGUUCGACAAAGGCGUGCCGCCGCAGAAGGACGAGGUCUCGCUGACGCUGGUCAUCUCCGGCGAGAACAAACACGCGCCGACGUUCGCCGCGGCCAGGUACCAGGUCAGGGUGCCGGAGAACGAGCCUGUGAACACCACCAUACUCACCGUGAGCGCCACCGACGGUGACGACGGGCCCAACGGCAUGAUCAGGUACAAGAUAUCCGCGGGCAACGAGAGGAACGAGUUCUUCGUUCACUCCAUCACCGGCGCGAUCACCGUACUGGAGCCUCUGGACUACGACCUCGUGCAGGAGUACAAGCUGAACAUCACCGCCACGGAUCUGGGAUUCGAGCCGAAAGUAGCUGUUGCUACUUUGACAGUGAACGUGUCCGACAUCAACGACAACCCGCCGACGUUCAAUCAGAGCGUGUACGAAGCGUUCCUGCCUGAGAACUCGCCGCCCAAUAGCUUUGUCUACAAGGUGGUAGCCAAGGACAUCGACUCGCCGAAGUACGCGGUAGUACAAUACAAGAUCCUAGGCGGCACCGGGAAGGAUCACUUCCGCAUCCGCGAGGACACCGGCGAGAUCCUGUCGCUGAUCAGCUUCGACUACGAGGAGGCGAACGAGUACACGCUGGACAUCGUCGCCGCGAACCCGGACUCGAAUCCGCAGAUGGUCGGCUUCACCACCGUCGCCGUGCACGUGACGGGCGUGAACGAGUAUUACCCGAAGUUCAUUCAGCCGGUGUUCCACAUGGACGUGUCGGAGAGCGCGGAGGUGGGCACGUCGGUGGGCCUGGUGCAGGCCACCGACCAGGACGCCGGCGAGGACGGCAGAGUCUACUAUCUGUUCGUGGGCUCGUCGAACGACCGCGGCUUCUCGAUCGGAUCCGAGACCGGGAUCAUCCGCGUGUCGAGGCGGCUGGACCGGGAGACGCAGAACCGGGUGGUGCUGACGGUGAUGACGAAGAACGGCGGCGGCAUCCGCGGCAACGACACGGACGAGGCGCAGGUGAUCGUCUCGAUCCAGGACGGCAACGAUCCUCCGGAGUUCCUGCAGACCGCGUACGACGCCACCGUCUCCGAGGGCGCGGCUCACGGGACCAGGGUGCUGACGGUCCGAGCCGUGGACAAGGACAUUCGGCCGCAAAACAAUCAGUUCUCCUACUCCAUCAUCGGCGGCAACAUCGGCCAGGCGUUCAAGGUCGACCCCCAGACCGGCGACAUCGAGACGGCGAAGCAGUUGGACCGCGAAACCAUCCCGGCGUAUGAUCUGACCGUCGGCGCCAUUGAUACGGGAUCGCCGCCGCAAACCGGCACCGCUCUCAUUCACAUAGAGCUGCUCGACAUAAACGACAACGGGCCGGUCUUCGACCCGCCGGAAGUGGUCGGGUACGUGAACGAGAACGAGCCGGCUGGCACGAUCGUGAUGACGCUCAGCGCUACCGAUCCCGACCUGCCGCCGAACGGCGCACCGUUCACGUAUAGACUCGUCGGCGGUAGGCAGAGCGAUAUGGUCACCUUGGAUAAGCACACUGGCGUGCUGAAGACUAACAGGAGCUUGGAUAGGGAAGUCAUGCCGCAGCUGGAUCUUGUGGUUGAAGUGGAGGACUCGGGCAUCCCGAGAAUGAGGAGCGAGCAUACGAUAACCGUGAUCGUCUCGGAUCAGAACGACAGUCCAUCGUCGUCCAGGUCGGUCCACGUGAUCGUUCACUCCUUUAACGAGCAGAUGCCGUUAGGGAAGAUCGCAGAUGUACAUCCGAAUGAUCCGGACGUCACCGGAUCUUACUCCUGCAAGAUACUGCAAGGGUCCAAUCCUAGGAUCCUCAGCAUUCCGACUGCUUGCGACCUGCACACGAAGAAAAUUACUCCAGGGGUUGGUCACUCGCUGAGCGUUUCCGGGAACGACGGUCGCCAUCCGAACGUGAUAUCCAUGGUCACAGUGGAGUUCCUCGUCUUCACGAACACCACGAUCGAGAACAGCGUCACCCUGCAGGUCUCUAAGCUGAGUGCGAGGGACUUUUUGAGUCAGAACUACCGUGCCCUAGUGGAUGUGCUGCAGGGCGAGGUGGACGUGGGCGACACUCUGAAAAUAUUCAGCCUCGGAGAGAACGGAUCCGACUUGAACAUUCACAUCGCAGUGGAGUCUCCACAAGGGUACCGCAGCAAAUACGAGGUGACCGAGUUGCUGAAUCGAAAUCGCGAGAAGAUACGAUCCCUCCUCGAGGGGACGACGUUCUCCAUCGGCUAUUCCCCGUGCAAGCACAUCCCCUGCGAGAACGGCGGCAGCUGCAGCGACAAGUUGGUGAUCUACGACGACGCUAGGAUCAUCGACAGUCAGGCGCUAAUCCUGACGUCGCCGAGGAUGAUGCACGAGAUGACCUGCAAGUGUCGCGACGGGUUCACUGGCGAGAGAUGCGAGAGGAGGCAGGACCCUUGUUCUCCGAAUCCUUGUCUAUUGGGUGGACAGUGUCGACGGUUGGGAUACGAUUUCCAGUGCACCUGCCCGAUCGAUCGGGAAGGGAAGCUCUGCGAAUUGGAACGAGGCGAUGCCUGCGCGAGCAAUCCUUGCCGGAACGGUGGCUCCUGCAGGAAGAGUCCCGACAGCUUCAGUUUCUUCUGUCUGUGUCGCGCUGGCUAUAGGGGCAACCAUUGCGAGGCGGUCACUGACUCCUGCAGGCCGAAUCCUUGUCUUUAUGGUGGCCUGUGCGUGGGAGAGAAACCUGGGUACAGAUGCAGUUGUCCGGAAGGUCGCUACGGAAGGCACUGCGAAAGGUCUACAUUCGGGUUCGAGGAGCUCUCCUACAUGGCUUUCCCAGCCCUGGACUCGAACACGAACGACAUCACAAUCGUGUUCGCGACGACGAAGCCGGACGCUCUGCUUCUGUACAACUACGCUCCGCAAACCGGAGGACGAUCGGACUUCGUGGUGUUGGAGCUGGUGAACGGCAGGGUGGUGUUCUCCUACGGCGGCGCGAGGAGUGCCAUCACUUCGAUCACGAUAAAGACGGAACAGUCGCUGUCCGAUGGAGAUUGGAGGAAAGUGACGGCGACCAGGAACGGGCGGGUCGUCUCUCUGAGCGUCUCUUUGUGCAGGGAACACGGUGACAUCUGCGACGACUGUAGACCCGGCGAUGGCACUUGUUACGCGGACGACGUUGGACCUACAGGCACAUUGAAUUUUAACAACAACCCUCUGCUGAUCGGUGGACUGGAGAAUGCGGACCCAGUCCUUGAAAGACCAGGCCAAGUGCACUCGGACGAUUUUGUCGGAUGCAUGCACUCGGUCUCCAUAAACGGAAGAGCCUUGAACCUGUCGAGUCCUCUGGCGUCACGAGGCGUCAAGUCCACUUGCAUCCGUUCGAACAAGAACCCUUGCUUCAGGGAGUCGAAAGACUCUGUCUCGGUCUGCGGAGCUAACGCCAAGUGUUACGACAAAUGGCACCAAGUCACCUGCCAGUGCGGCUCGGUCACCGCUCCAAAUUGCGAAGCUGCCCUCGAGCCCAUCACCUUGAGCGACGGUGGAUUCGUUGAGUUCAAGGUCUCGGAGAAGCACAGGAGGAUGCAGUUGCUGGAGUAUCUGUACGGCGGGUCGACCGUGUGGCACAAGAACCGAGCGACACGGUCCAUCGCGGAGGACGCGAGCUUCAUCGGCAACUCCUCGCCCUUCAAGACCAUCGGGCUGAUGUUCAGGACAGUGAAGCCGGACGGUGUGCUCGUGUACGCCGCGACGAACAAGCACUUCACAUCCGUGGAGCUCCGAAACGGGCAGCUAUUCUACUCGUCGCUGCUGGGAUCCCCCGUGAACAUGUCCGCCAGCAUCGAGGGCGGCCUGGCGGACGGCCGCUGGCACAACCUCACGCUGCACUCGUACUUCCGCGGACUGAGGUUGUUCAUCGACGGCGUGCAGACCGGCGAAGAGCUGGACUCGGCCGGUGUCCACGACUUCCUCGACCCGUACCUGUCCGUCCUGUCGAUCGGCGGGGUCAGCCAAGACCUGUACCACUCGCAGAGCGCUGGCGCGAGAAGCUUCGAGGGCUGCUUGGCGAACUUCACCGUGAACAGCGAGAUCCAGCCGUUCAACGGGACCGGCUCGAUCUUCAAGGACGCCCUCUACCACGGCAAGGUGAUCACAGGGUGCAGAGGGCCGAUCGGCAUCAGCGCGGUGGCGACCGCGGACCCCUUGAGCAUCGGCAUCACGCUGGUGAUCGUGUUCUUCGUGAUCCUGCUGAUCGCGAUCCUGGUCAGCUUCAUCGUGUUCCGCCUGCGCCGGCAGAACAAGGAGAAGGGCGCGUCCUCAGUGGUCAACAAGAACACGAACGCCAUCAUGACCGGCAACCCGUUGGUCGGCGCCGGGAACGACAACCUGAUGUCGCGCCACGAGAACACCUACAUCUCGGACACGUCUGACCUACGAGGCGUGGGCCACAUGGGCCCCGAGCUGAUCUCGAAAAAGUACAAGGAGCGGGAGAUGAACGCGGCCACGGAGCACCGGCCCCAGCGACCGGACAUCAUCGAGAGGGAGGUGACCAAGUCGCCGCCAAUCCGCGACGAGCAUCCCCCGCUGCCUCCGCCGGCUCAGACAUCUCUACACUCUCACGAGCACAACCCGGAGCCGGACAUGCCGGAGCACUACGACCUGGAGAACGCGAGCUCCAUCGCGCCCAGCGACAUCGACAUCGUCUACCACUACAAAGGCUACCGGGACGGCAUGCGCAAGUACAAAGCGACGCCGCCACCCAUCAGCAACUACGCCAACCAUCACAAGCACACCGGCCAGCAACACAGACACGCCGGCCCGUUCCCGCCCAGAGCCCUGCCCCCGCCCAACGUGAGUCAACCCCCGGGACCCACGCAGAAGCUGCUGCAGAGCACGCCGCUAGCGAGACUGUCGCCCAGCAGCGAGCUGUCCGCCCAGCAGCCGAGGAUACUGACGCUGCACGACAUCAGUGGGAAGCCUCUGCAGAGCGCCCUGCUGGCGACCACGUCCUCCUCCGGCGGCGUCGGCAAGGACGCGCUGAACUCCAACAGCGAGCGGAGCUUGAACUCGCCGAUCAUGAGCCAGUUGUCCGGGUCCACGGCCAGCCGGAAGGCGCCGCAGUCGAACAACGAGAACUCGGUGAACAACGUGUCCUCGGGGCCGAUGGGCCUCACCGCUGAAGAGAUAGAGAGACUGAACUCCAGACCGAGGACCUCCAGCCUCGUGUCCACUCUGGACGCCGUCAGCUCGUCCAGCGAGGCCAGGGGACCCCCCACUCACGGGCCGCUGCAUCUGCACAGGCGCCACACGCCGCCGGUCGAGAGGCUCGAGCGGAGGAACUCCUCGACGACCGACGAGAGCGGGAACGACAGCUUCACCUGCUCCGAGUACGACAACACCUCGCUGGUCGGCGACAAGCGGUCCGACAACCCGUUCGCGAAGCAGGACGACGAGGAGGUGAACCAGAGGAGCAACGAGUCCUCGCAGACCAGCAAGCCGCCGUUACCGCCCAACGUCAACUACGACGGAUUCGACAGCUCCUUCCGGGGCUCGUUGAGUACCCUGGUCGCCUCUGAUGAUGACCUCUCCACGCACAUGGGCGGACUCUACAGACCCGCCAGCAACGGGUCCCCGUCGACCACCACUACCGCCCUCAGCUGGGACUACCUGCUCAACUGGGGCCUGAACUUCGACAGCCUCGUCGGCGUGUUCAUCGACAUCGCUGAGCUGCCCGACAGUGCCAACCGCGUGCCCAGCACUCUGCGGCUGCCGGCGAACAUACCCAAACCGUCCGAAGAAUACGUUUGAAUAGUUCUCGGAUCGAAUUCUAUGGUGAACAGUCUCAUGGUCGUUGACACGCUGACCGGCCUAGAGAGCUGCGGCUUUCCCGAACCUAGAAACAAAUAGAUAUUUUAAAUACUGUUGUAUUACGAGCUACUGGAGUGUUAACUCUUGGACUCUUUUGACUUGAUAGAUGAUGCUUCGAUACGGAUUCUUAUCUUCUAGAUAGACUCUAGCGUUUUCCAACUGACGAUUUAAGAUAGACGUCAAGUCGAAACAGUCCACGCGUUAAGGAGACUUCUCGAGCUACUCAACGUGUUAAGGACACGAAGCGUUCAGUGUUGCAGUUAAGUGGAACCUUGACGGAACUUAGGAGCUGUGCUUUAAACUGAAGAAUCGAGUGCUCAGCGGGAGCAGAAGUGCAACGACCAAAAAACAAAGGAACGAUCGAAGUCGGACAGUGGAAUACGUUUUAAUCACGGAUAACGCGAACGAUGGACGUUGUUCUAGAUCUGUAAGCGAAUCGUUACGUGUCCCUGGUUCGUCGAUGGCUCGCGAUCGACCCGCAGAACCGAGGACCCGUGUCUUGCCAUAACAAUAGGACCCUCGAGGCGAUCGAUUCCUUCCAUUCCCGUCGAUAUGUGAAUUUGUAAAUAAACCGCGGUUCUUCUGAUCAAAUGCUAGAGGUACUUCACGGACGGACUACCGAUCGGUCUCACGCGGACUCGUCGCGACAACUUCCCCGUCGGCCAUCGAUUCCCGCGCGAAUUCUUGGCCGACGAAGACAUCGCGCGACUGUAUCGAGCUGCCCGAACAUUCGUCCUCGGAUGGCGGCCAACUUUCCGCGGAAACGUCGAUGCCUAGCUUCGUUCGACCGACUCGUCAGUUCUUCAGAGUGUUUCCUCGGGGUGUCCCUGAGAUCGCACAAUCGGAAUUCGCGUGAAACGCGAGCGGCAGAACAGGAAGAGAAUGAAACCGGGCACCGCCGUCCGAGGAUUGAAAAUAGGUUUUCAACGCUGGGUUUACGGGACGCCUCGAUCGGACGCCUAUCGAAUUUUCUGAACAUUGUUUCAAUGUCGAUUCUCAUUGAUAAUCACGUUUAUCCUACUUGUCUAUGUGCAAACCAUUAAUUUCCUAGAAUGUGGAAGAACAGCAGUUUUCUUUGGGGACAGUAGAACAAAGCGUAGAAUAGAUGUCCGUAAACCUGGCGUUAAACUCGACGACUCGUGUACAUAAAAGAUUUCGACGCGCCGUGCCAGACGAUCUCGAUACAGUCGCGCGAUAAUGAACGAACAGAAUGGCGUCCCUCGCGUUCCUCGCGGUAGCGUGGCAAACAAGCCUCGACCCGGCGUUCCCGCGAAGUCACCGGAAUCCGUUGUCAGCCUCUCCGCUUUUAUCUUCCCCCUUUUCGCGGAGCGCGACGAGAUAAGAGACCGGGAACGCCGGGCGAGACGUAACUACCAGACUGAUUUCAUUCGCGCUUCGAAGCGUUACCGCGGGCCAUCAGCCUCUCCAACCGUGGAUCGUCGGAAUACUUUGUAAACUACGCGAAACGUUCUUCCCCUUUGUAAAUACUCGUACGCCUGACCUGUACAAAAUGUGUGAAUGACACCGCGUGUAUGUAUGUACCACUUUAUCAACGUAUUUGUAAUAAAUAAGACAUUUUUAAAAAAAUAAUUCACGCAGCCUGCGGCUCCCCUUGAUCUCCUAACGCAUCCACCGAGUACGCAACCUUCCAACAA